GCUUCUGCCAGAGGCUUCCCGGGCUGGUGGCUGGUCCCCGCGUCCCUCCUCCCUUCCCCACCCUCCCCGCUUCCCUCUCCUCCCUCGCUCCGGCCCCGUUGCUAUUCCUCCCUCCCUCCCCCCUCCACCCCGGGCCGGCUCCCUACCCCGGCCCGGCCAGCUGUGCCCGGCGUCUGUGGGUCGCCCUUCGCCCAGCCCUCCCGCCCCACCGAGAUGGAGCUGCCCCAGCCGGAGCCCGCGGCAGCCUCAACUCUCAGUCCGGCCGGCGUGCGCGGUGGCGCCCAGCGUCCCGGCCACCUCCCAGGCCUCCGGCUGGGGGCUCAUGGCCUCCUGGGGUCUCCGAAGCGCGCCGCCGCUUCCUCGCCGGUCACCACCCUCACCCAGACCAUGCACGACCUCGCCGGGCUCGGCAGCGAGACCCCAAAGAGUCAGGUAGGCAGCCUGCUCACAUGCCUAUCCCUGUCCCGUCGGGCGUCUGAAUCCUCCCUGUCGUCUGAGUCCUCUGAAUCUUCUGAUGCAGGUCUGUGCAUGGACUCUCCCAGCCCUAUGGACCCCCAGGUGGUGGAGCAGACAUUUGAACAGGCCAUCCAGGCAGCCAGCCGAGUUAUUCGAAAUGAGCAGUUUUCUAUCCGACGCUUCCAGUCCUUGCCGGGGAGGCUUCUGGGCCACAGCCCUGUGCUACGGAACAUCACCAACUCCCAAGCGCCUGGCACCUGGAGGAAGAGUGAAGCAUGUGGCCGAGCUGCCCACAGCUCUAGGGAGGACAAAGAGAAUGAUGGAUUUGUCUUCAAGAUGCCGGGGAAGCCCACAUAUCCCAGCCACACCCAUGCCCUGGCAGAGUGGGCCAGCCGCAGAGAAGCCUUUGCCCAGAGGCCAAGCUCGGCUCCCGACCUGAUGUGUCUCACCCCUGAGCGGAAGAUGGAAGUAGAGGAACUGACUCCCCUGGCCCGAUGCUGCUUCUCCCUGACCCCAACCAAGGGGGCUGCCGAGGAAGAUGAUGGAUUCGUGGAUAUCCUGGAGAGUGACUUAAAGGAGGAUGAUGUAGUCCCCCCAGGCAUGGAGAGCCUCAUUAGUGCCCCGCUGGUCAAGACCUCAGAAAAGGAAAAGGAGCAGGACCUCAUCAUGUACAGCAAGUGCCAGCGGCUCUUCCGCUCUCCGUCCAUGCCCUGCAGCGUGAUCCGGCCCAUCCUCAAGAGGCUGGAGCGGCCCCAGGACAGGGACCUGCCCAUACAGAGCAAGCGGAGACGGAGCGUAACCCCUCCAGAGGAGGAGCAGCAGGAGGCUGAGGAACCCAAAGCCCGUGUUCUCCGCUCAAAGUCCUUGUGUCAUGACGAGAUUGAGAACAUCCUGGACAGUGACCACCGAGAACUGAUCGGGGAUUACUCCAAGGCCUUUCUCCUACAGACUGUGGAUGGAAAGCACCAAGACCUCAAGUACAUCUCACCAGAAACGAUGGUGGCCCUGCUGACAGGCAAGUUCAGCAACAUCGUGGAGAGGUUUGUGAUUGUGGACUGCAGAUACCCCUACGAGUAUGAAGGCGGGCACAUCAAGACUGCUGUGAACCUGCCUCUGGAAAGGGAUGCUGAGACCUUCCUGCUACAGAGCCCCAUCACACCCUGUAGCCUGGACAAGAGAAUCAUCCUCGUUUUCCACUGUGAAUUUUCAUCUGAGCGGGGGCCCCGCAUGUGCCGUUUCAUCCGGAAACGGGACAGAGCCUCCAACGACUACCCCAGCCUCUACUAUCCUGAGAUGUAUAUCCUCAAAGGCGGCUACAAGGAGUUCUUCCCACAGCACCCGACCUUUUGUGAGCCUCAGGACUAUCGGCCCAUGAACCAUGAGGCCUUCAAGGAUGAGCUGAAGACCUUCCGCCUCAAGACGCGUAGCUGGGCUGGCGAGCGGAGCCGGCGGGAGCUCUGCAGCCGCCUGCAGGACCAGUGAAGUGCUGGCAACUGUCCCACCCGCCUUUCUUGCUUUGUGCGGCCUGGGCGUCAGCUGCCCGGUGGCUUACAGGGCUGAGGGUCUGCUGUCUGGGCGAAAGAUGGUGAGGGUGUCCUGUCUGUCUGCCCCAGUGCUGAUCCCCUGUCUCACUCCAGUCAUACUCCAUAUCCUGGUGACACCCACGCCCCCACCCCUGGCACCCCUGGAAGAGCCCAGCCUGCUGACUUAGUGAAAUUGGAUUAAGUCUAGUUCAAAGGAAGUAUUUUGUGUCUAGCAGGAGCCUUUUCUCUUUUUUUUUUUUCUUUAUUGUUUGGGUUAACCCUUUGUCUUCCUGUAUCCAGAAAAGCCCCCUUUUUUCUAGGGACUUUGUUUGUAUGUAUGAGGCUGAGAGAAAGCUACAGCCCCCUAGGAUGGGCCACAGCUGUACUCCUCCCUGCCCUAGGAGUCAGCACUGUGCCCCAGGCCCUCGACAGCACUCCUGAGUGUGUGCGCCAUGUUCCCCUUUCUCUUUUCCUCUUUCCUGUCCCUCCAUAUGAACACCUCCAGCACAGACAUGAGCUCUUACUCUUUCCUGUUUCAGUGUUAUCUGUAUGCUUGAUUUGUCUUUUUUUUUUUUUUUUUUUUGCCCAUCUCAGGAUAGUCACAGGCUAAGGUUUAGGUUCCCCCGCCCAGUUGGGGUUAAAGACUCAAACUUUCAUAACCCACUUGGCCCUGGCUUCUGUUGCCUCAGAAAGGGAUGUUAUUAUCUGCGGAGGCCCUUGGGUGAGGGCUAAGGCCUGCAUCCUGAGCCCACUGGAAGCCCAGCCCUCACUGCUGUGAACCCUGGGACCUGAACCAUGUCAGAACUUGCUGCUGUCUUGUCAUGGAUGGACAGAUGGACGAAUGGAAGAGUGGAUGGAUGGAUGGCCACGGAUGCACAAUGCCUUGUCCACAAACCGCUGAGUUGAAAAUGUCUCAGUGAGGAUGACAGCCUGCAGCAGGAGUAUACGUGUGUCUGUGUGGACAAAGUCUUUACACUUUAAGGUUUGGAGAUAUUCAAAAGGAAAUGUCAUGGAAGCAGCUAAACCAAGGCCAGCCACCUCUGGAUUCUGAAUCUCAGGAAAUGGGCAGGGCUUCUUGAAGGCCCUGAUGAGUCAUCUGGUAGGGUCUUGGUUCAAUAAAGCACUGAGCAAGUUGAGUAAGGCAGCAUGUGUCCUGUGGAGCCCUUGACAAGACUGCGGCAGACACUGAUGGUGGAAUAUGGCAGGGGCAAGUCAGCAGAUUGAGGCUGGAAGACUCCUGGGAAGGUGGCCUCAUACCCUCUUCCCAAGUCUUGCCAAGAUUUUGGAUUCAGCCUCCCCAUUUCCCUCAUCUGGCUGCUCAAGCACUUCUGGGCUCACCCUUCCUAAAUUCUGCACCAAAAAGGCAAGAGUGAUGCCAUCAGUUCUCUCCUCUAGAAUUAUCAGUGGCUCACCAUUGCCCUCAGAUAAACUUAAAAGUCUCAUAGCCCUUUAGGAUCUAGGCCCUCCCCAGCCUCAUUCCUCACCUCUUGCUGAAUCAAAUCCCAGCAACAGAGUUUUUCACAUUUCCUUGUCUUUGCAUCUGCUGUAUUAUCCUCAGGAAUGCUCUCCCCAAUCUGCUUUUCCUCUUUUAAGAUUCGGUUUCAAAUGUUAAUUCCUCCCAGAAGCCUCCCUGCCCUAUCAGGGAAAUGACUUUCCUUUCAGUAUCCCCAGCACCCAGCAGAGGCUCCACCACCUAGGAGGUGCCAAGUUCAAGAUCAAGAGAGUGGGAAAGGGCCAAUCUGGGAGAACCAGUCCCAGGCCAAACCUGGGUGUGUCAGGAAAUCCUCUCGGAAUACCACAGCAAAUAACUCUCCCCCUCAACCAUGAGCUGUGAUUGUAGGGAAUCCUUUGCAAAUGUACAACUAAGACGCUGCCUGAUACAGAGUGCACACACAACAUGUCAGGUGUCAUUACUGCUUUCUGUCAAAGUUCAUCUACCUUGUCAUGAUUAUUUGCUCCGUUUUGCAGAUGGGAAAACAGGCUAUUUCUUGCCAGAGCAAUAAGAAGGGACUUGAGAUUCCCAGGCUGGGUCUAAAGGACACUUACCUGGUCUCUCUAGCUUGUCCCCCUGCCCACCCCAAGUUUCUUAUGCUCCAAGGCUUGGUCUUCACUCUUGGUCUAGAGCCCCCUGCAAGGGCACAACCUGUGGGAGGGCCGGUAUCUUGGGGGCUGGACUUCUACUCAGGAAGAGGAACUCUGGAAGCCUCCAGAAGCCCCCUCCACUGAGCAGGCAGCUGACACCAAGGCCAGCUUUAUUUGGGUGAGGAUUUGCCCCAGAAAAGGGAAAAUAUCUGUGCAGACGCCUGAGAAAGAGGGAGAAGUAGAGGGAGGGGAGAGAGUGAGCCCUGGGCACGGUUAUGCUGAGACUUGCCUGUACCACCCUGAGUGCUCAAGUGGUCUGGUUUGAUGAGGAGGAAGGCAGCUGGAUGCUCAGAGGGCAUGCACUUACCCCAGGUUAUGCAGCAGAUACAAGCAGAGCAGGUAUUACAGCUGCCCAGGACUCUCCCACUCACCUUCCACCUCUGGCCCAGAGGACCGAGGUAGUGGGGCUAGGCUGCCUGGCUUCUGCUCUGAGAGUCCUCUUACCACUCUGUCCAUCUGGAUCAGGCCACAUGGGGAGGAGAAAGUAAUGGGUGCUGGGUGUCUAACACCGCCCAGACUGUGCCAGGUGCUGACAGCUGCAGCCACGUCUGCCCCGCUCAUAACCCAUCAUAGUCAUAGCUGCUGUCUGUCUGCUCCAGACACUUUUACCUAGUGUCUUCUACGCACACCAGGUCAGUAUUCAGCUCAUUUUGCAGGGGAGACAGAAGAAAGAGGAAGGCAGGGAAGGGACCCUGGUCAAGCGAGGACGAAACUCUUCCCUGAGAGAAGGCCCUGGUGCUGACAUCUACCUUGAGGGAGGUGCAGGCCUGGGUCGGUAGAGGGGGCGCCAGGGUUCACCUCUCCAAUUCGGGUAGGGCCAAGACUUCCCUGCCCCUGGGAAUUUCCGGGGAUGGGGCAGAGGUGCUGCAACCCCUUGUUCCACCAGGAAAAGAAGCUAUAACUUUAUUCCUGGAUGCUCAUAAAGAGGAGUGGAUCAGGCAAGGAAGUGGUUUAAAAUACUGGGCUACCAGCCAGUUUUAAAGGUUGUUUUACUUGGGCCAAGGCGGGGCAGUAAUUCCCACCUCUGGCUAGGAGCCUGCGAACAGCCACGUGCAGCCGACUCACAUGGUUAAAGAGCUGUGCAGGGCAGGGUCCAAGUGAGCCUGUGCCAGGCCUGGCAGAGUCAGGAGGCAUCGCUGGGCACUGGGCAUUAUCGGAUUUGCUCGCCAGAUAACUUGCAAAGACAAUUUUAAAAAUGUUUUCUUUUUAAAUUGGGGAAAGAUUGACAUUUCUUCAAAGGUACACAUCUUAAGCAUAAAGCACAGAUGUGACGAGGCACCACACAGCUCAAGAUGUCGACAUUUCUAGCAUCCCAGGAGGCUCCCUCCUGCUCCCUCCUAGUUACCCACACUCUGUGGUCACCACUAGUUUGACCUCUAUCAUGGUAGAUUAGUUUUGCCUGUUCUUGAGCUUCAUAGAGAUGAAAUC